AUGGUUAAAUAUCAUAUAGAAGGUCUUGACGAUGUUAGAGUCGAAGAGAGCAGGAGAAAGAAUGGAAGCAACAGUUUGCCACCAGUGGAGGUUGAAUCAUUCUUUGCAAAGUUGAAGGAGAACUUUGAAGACCCGCUCAUUCACAUCUUGUGCGUGGCAUUGGUGAUCACCGUGCUGCUCGCCUGCUUUGGCUACGCCGAAUGGUUCGAAGGCUUUGGCAUUGCCAGUGCCGUCUUCCUGGCGACAUUCGUCGCCACGUACAGCGAGUACAAGAACGAAGCCUCCUUCCAGGAGCUCCAGGAGAAAGCGUCCAAGAUCAAGUGCAACGUCUUCCGCAACGGCAACCACGUACAGCACAUCUACGCCUACGACGUGGUCGUCGGUGACUUUGUCCUGCUGCAGGCUGGCGACAAGAUCCCCGCAGACGGCAAGCUGGUCGCAGGCGAGCUGCACGUCAACCAGUCCACGCUGAACGGCGAGUCGGCCCUCGAGAAGAAGUCGAUCGCGCCCCUCAACUACAGCCCUGAGAACAAGCACAGCUUCCUCGAUCAGCACCUGUGUUUCCGCGGCAGCGUCGUCGAGGACGGCGAGGGUGUGAUGCUGGUCGACACAGUCGGCGCACACACUGUCUAUGGUGAGCUGGCUGUCGAGCUGGCUCAGGCUGACGAGCGCGAGUCCCCCCUGCAGAUCAAGCUGAGCAAGCUGGCCGACAACAUCUCCACGUUGGGCUACAUUGGCGCCUGUUUCAUCGUGCUGUCCUUCCUCUUCAAGCAGGUCGUAAUGGACAACCACUACUCGCUCUCAGAGAUCCAGACCUACAUCGCCAACUACCCCCUGCUCAUCAAGGACGUUGUCAACUCGGUCACCCUGGCCAUCAUUAUCAUCGUCGUCGCCGUUCCUGAAGGUCUGCCCAUGAUGAUUGCCAUCGUGCUCUCGCUCAACAUGCGCAAGCUGCUCAAGGCCAACGUGUUGGUGCGCAAGCUGCUCGGUAUUGAGACAGCCGGCUCGCUCGACAUCCUCUUUGUCGACAAGACAGGCACGAUCACCAAGGGACAGUUCAUUGCGAGGACAUUUAUCAGCGGAAGUGGAACCACGUACAAGGGCUUCAACCAGAUCCCUCAGGAGCUGCGCGACGUCUUCUCCUUCUCAGUUCGCGAGUCCACCUCGUCCGUCAUUGACGAGGAUGGUCAGAUUGUCGGUGGAAAUGCCUCAGACAAGGCCUUGCUCCACUUCCUCGACAGGCCAUCACUCUUGAAGGACUACAACGUCAAGAUCCUGAAGGAGGUGCUCUUCAACUCUGAACGCAAGUACUCUGCCGCAUUGAUGAGCGUACCAUUCCAAGGUGGCGCCUCUGGUUCUCCACCAAGCGGUAUCUUGAAGUGUUCAUCCAAGCAUAUUGAUGACUUUGAGAUCACCUGCCUCAAGGGUGCCCCAGAGAUCAUCAUCAAUCACUGCACCAGCCACUUUAACGAGGACGGUCAUAUUGAGCCAAUCCCAAGCAUCAACCAGCUCGUCAAUGAGAUCAACAGACUGUCCGAGCAAGGCAUCAGAGUCAUUGCUGUGGCCGUGUCCAAGGAGCCAUUGGUCGAUGUUGCCAGAUUGCCAAAGAACAUGAUCUUGGUCGGUGUCGUUGGUGUCUACGAUGAGAUUCGCGAGGAGUCGCGUAGCGCCAUCCAACAGGCUACCGGCGCAGGCAUCCAGGUUGUGAUGAUCACCGGAGACAAGCGCGAGACUGCCAUCUCUGUGGCCCACCAGAUUGGACUGAUUGCUCACGGCGAGGAGUACAACCCAGGCGUUGUGCUGACCUCCCAAGAGGUUGGACAGUUGUCGUUCGAGCAGCUUAGAGAGUCGAUUCCACAGCUGCGCGUCGUUGCUCGUGCCCUCCCAAGAGACAAGACUCGCUUCGUCCAGGUUGCCCAGGCGAUGCACAAGGUUGUUGGAAUGACUGGUGACGGUGUCAACGACUCUGCCGCCCUCAAGCACGCCGACGUUGGAUUUGCGAUGGGUAGUGGAAGCGAGGUCUCCAAAGAGGCUGCCGACAUUGUCAUUUUGGACGACAACUUUGCCUCGAUCACCCAGGCCGUUCUCUAUGGCCGUACCAUCUACAAGUCGAUCCAGAAGUUCAUCGUCUUCCAGUCGACCAUCAAUGUUGCCUCUACCCUGAUCGUCUUCCUCGGACCAUUCAUGGGCAUCGAUUUCCCACUGACACUGAUACAACUGCUCUGGGUCAACCUGGUCAUGGACACUCUUGCUGCUUUGGCAUUCGGAGGCGAGCCAGCACUCGAGCGUUACAUGAAGAACAAGCCAACAAAGAGAGAUCAAGAUAUCAUUACACCAAGAAUGUGGAUGGCUAUUCUCAGCGGAGGACCAUUCAUUUGGGCUAUGUCUGUAGCUUUCUUGACCAACGACAACGUGGAGGCAUACUUCACACGCAAUGGAAUCCCAUCGGAGCCAGCAUUCCUCACUGCCUUCUUUGCCUUCUUCAUCUUCUUGGCCGUGAUCAACGCCUUCAACGUCAGAACACACAAGCUGAACCUGUUUGAGCACAUCUUGGAGAACAAGGGCUUCAUCAUCGUUGUGUUGUUCAUCUUUGUCGUCCAGAUUGUGUUCACCUACAUUGGAGGCCGUGUCCUGCGUACGGUUGGACUGGAGCUCAACGAGUGGGUGGCCAUCAUAGCCGCGUCGCUCACCAUCAUCCCCUUCGAUCUGGUGCGCAAGACCAUCAGCCACUCUGUGCUGCACUACACUACCUCCAGCCGAGCAAAGAAGAGCGACUAG